UUCUGACUCAAGACAAAAGUUCCGCCUCUUUGCCGUCCAAAAGCCAAAUGUAUUCAGUGUGGCCCUGGUUCCAGCGCUAUGGAUCCAGCCUUUCGCUAUCGUGAAAUCUGUUUGACAUCAGGCUAGUAAGGCCCGUAACCUGCUCGGAGAAACGGGACUCGGAUCGGUUACAUGGUUGGAAACAGGCGUGCUGAUCAGUGAAUGCAUAGAGUCAAGAGGGUCAGACUUUGUAACAGUAAAGAGGGUCUCUUGAGCAGCUGUGUGACGGUGAGCAUGACGACUGUGGACGGCCUCUCAGACAGCACCGAGGUGGUGGAGAUGGACGACGUCCCGUCUCAGUUCUUUGUGGAGAGACACUCUUGGGAGGGUCUCCGGGAUAUAAUCCACUGCAGCAGGAAGUACUCUGGUUUGAUCGCCAACAAGGCCCCCCAUGACUUCCAGUUUGUGCAGAAGACGGGAGAAAAUGGGCCCUACUCGCACCGGUUGUACUACCUCGGAAUGCCUUAUGGAAGCAGGGAGAAUUCUUUACUUUACUCAGAAAUCCCCAAGAAGAUUCGGAAAGAAGCUCUCCUAGUGUUGUCAUGGAAACAGAUGCUGGAUCACUUCCAGGCAACGCCCCUCCAGGGGGCCUACUCCCGAGAGGAGGAGCUGCUGAGGGAGCGAAAGCGCCUGGGUGCUUUUGGGAUAACAUCAUAUGACUACCACUCUAAGACUGGCCUGUUCCUCUUCCAAGCCACCAACAGUCUCUUCUACUGCCAAGAUGGAGGGAAUAAUGGCUUCAUUCAGUCUGCUCCUGUCAAGCCAGUGGAGAUCAAGACUCAGUGCACAGGCACCCGGAUGGAUCCCAAGAUCUGCCCCGGACACCCGAAUUUUAUAGCCUUCAUCAACAACAACGACUUGUGGAUAGCCAACAUUAAGACGGGCGAGGAGAGGAGACUCACGUUCUGCCAUAAAGGUUUGGACAAUGUGAAGGAGGAUCCCAAAUCUGCCGGCGUAGCCACAUUUGUCAUCCAGGAGGAGUUUGACCGUUUCACCGGUUACUGGUGGAGCCCUUCAGCUGUGGAAGACCCUGAUGGAGGCAAAACAAUGUACCUUCUAUAUGAAGAGGUGGAUGAGACCGAGGUAGAAAUAAUCCAUGUUCCAUCUCCGGCGCUGGAAGAGAGGAAAGCAGACGCUUACAGAUAUCCUCGCACAGGGAGCAAAAAUCCCAAGGCGUCCCUGAAACUGUCAGAGAUCAGGACGGACCAUCAAGGACGAAUUGUGAGCACACAAGAUAAAGAGCUGGCUGCCCCGUUUACCUCCUUGUUUCCUGGAACGGAAUACAUUGCCAGAGUUGGAUGGACAAAUGAUGGAAAAUACGGCUGGGCGGUUCUGCUGGACCGCAGUCAGAGGAGACUGCAGCUCGUUCUCUUGCCACCAGCGCUCUUCAUCCCCGUCACAGAAGACCCGGCUCUGAGGCGGGAGAGUCGGGAGGCCGUUCCCAGCGGCACGCAGCCAUACAUCAUUUAUGAGGAGACCACGGAUGUCUGGAUCAAUGUCCAUGACAUCUUCUAUCCCUUCAUUCAGACAAGAGAAGACGAGUUUACUUUCAUUUGGGUGAAUGAGUGUAAAACCGGUUUUAGCCACCUUUAUAAAAUCACUUCACUUUUACAACCAGGCUUCCAUCGUUGGAUGGAGGACUACCAACAUACAGAAGGAAACUUUAAAUGUGCAAUCAAGUCGGAGCUUCCACUGACGAGUGGAGAGUGGGAGGUGCUGGCAAGACACGGUUCCAAGAUCUGGGUGAAUGAGGCGACCAAGCUGGUGUACUUCCAGGGUACCAGAGACACUCCUCUGGAGCACCACCUGUAUGUGGUCAGCUACGAGGCGCCGGGAGCUGUGAGCAGACUGACCAAACCCGGCUUCUCCCACAGCUGCUCUGUCAGUCAGAACUUUGACUUUUUUGUCAGCCACUACAGUAAUGUGAGCACGCCCCCCUGUGUUCAUCUGUACAAACUGACAAGCUCAGAAGACGACCCGCUGAACAUCGUUCCGGAGUUCUGGGCCAGCAUGAUGGAGUCCCCAGGUUGCCCCAGAGAUUACAGUCCACCUGAGAUUUUUGACUUCCCUGCCAAGUCGGGCUUCCAGUUGUAUGGCAUGGUGUACAAACCUCACAGCAUGCAGCCUGGCAAGAAACACCCCACUGUCCUCUUUGUGUACGGAGGCCCACAGGUGCAGCUGGUUAAUAAUUCCUUCAAAGGAAUGAAGUAUCUCCGUCUGAACACGCUGGCCUCUCUGGGUUACGCCGUGGUGGUUAUUGAUGGGAGGGGUUCUUGUCAGCGGGGCCUUGAGUUUGAAGGCGCUCUGAAGAACAAAAUGGGUCAGGUGGAGAUUGAAGACCAGGUGGAGGGACUGCUGCAUGUGGCAGAGAAGUUUCAUUUUGUGGACUUGAGCCGCAUUGCCAUCCACGGCUGGUCCUAUGGGGGUUUCCUCUCCCUCAUGGGCCUCAUCCAGCGACCCAACGUCUUUAAGCUGGCCAUUGCAGGGGCGCCGGUGACGGUGUGGAUGGCCUACGAUACCGGCUACACGGAGCGCUACAUGGACGUGCCUGAAAACAACCAGCAGGGCUACGAGGAGGGAUCUGUGGCGCUCCAUGUGGACAAGCUGCCGAGCGAGCCCAACCGGUUGCUUAUUCUCCAUGGAUUUCUAGAUGAGAACGUGCACUUCUUCCACACCAACUUUCUGGUGUCACAGAUAAUCCGUGCUGGGAAACCCUACCAGCUUCAGGUCUACCCCAACGAGCGGCACAGUAUCCGCUGCCCUGAAUCUGGAGAGCACUACGAGAUAAUGCUGCUGCACUUUCUACAACAAUACCUGUGAGAGGAGAGGGAACGGCGGAUCCCAGGCCGUCUCCAAGCUACCAUCCUGUCAUCACCCAUAAGUCCUUUUCACUUUACAUCUACCCAGUGGAGCCCCCACAGCCCGGUUUGAGCUGAACUGGACUGCAUCGUGGUGUCCAACCCUGAAGCAAACGCAGGACACAUGGAGAAAUGUUUCAUUCUCACCCAUGUCUUUGUCUCCAAAUGCAUGGCAGCUUUUGCCAAAUGUCAUGCCCCCCAACCUUUUUUAUUCACCUCAGUUAGUGGUAAGGACAUUGUUUCACUCAAAACUAUGAAAUGGAAUUGCAAAUAAAUCCACACACAUGAAUACAAACAAGUAAAUAAAAAACAUGAGAGCUGAUGCAGACGCAUGUGGAGGCUGUGCAGCUCGUGGAAUAACAGACGGGAAACUAUCAAGACACUGGGAAUGUUCAGCUGUUUUAAGUGUGUUCUUUAGAAUAAAAUAUUUUUUAUGAAUUUUUAUUCUUGUUUUUUUGUUUUUGUUUUUAUUGAGCGCUGAGAAGAAGCUGCUCAGUUUUCUUUGCUCCUUUUGGGUGAUUUGAUUUUAUUUUUUUGCACCACUUCCUCCCCUCACAUUACACUGCUCGUCAUGUCUGCUCGCCUUCUUAACAUAAUUUAUAUCGCCAAAGUACCUCUUGACUCUUUAUCUUGCUGGUAUUUCCUUCUAACUGCAAUAAAGACAGCAGAGGGUGAGUACUGGAGUCUUAAAACAGCUUUGUAUCACUAAAAUACAAUUUAUACAUAACGAAUAAACAUGAUUAUCAGUCA